ACGAUUGCGCCCGCGCGCGUCAGGCUCAGCUCAGUCGCAUCCACUCACGGCGCUACACAUCGUAAUCGUUCCGCGCUUGAUUUCAUACUCAUAAUCAUCUUACACAUCAUGAUUUCGGUGUUCAUUUCAUGAUAAGUCUAACUGACAGUCACAAGGAAGAUUUUUUUACUAGGUGAGGCAAGAAAAAGAACUUGGUUAUGGUGUUGUUGUGUCAGUGAUGUACCGACAACAGCGAGACGCUGUUCGGCUUCAGAACGAUCUUUGACUGCAGGACUUCGUCUUCAGAAAUCAUUGCGGAUUGCUUUACUUCUACUUGGUUGUGCAAUUAUAAGUGUGAUCAAUUUCCGGUGUCGUAAACAUAACAAAAUUAAAUUAAAUUUUAUUGUCAUAAUUAAUAUGUGAUCCGAGAACACCAGCAAUAUUUUGAAAAUAACUUUUCGUGGAGCUAUCGGGUGUUAAAUCGAUUUCACAGCGGAAUAAGUAAAUAAAUAGUAAAAUCGUGGUUUGCCAGUCAACUGAUUAAUUUCACAAUAAUAUUAAGACCUGCCUGCGCUUCGUGAUGCCGACAUCGCAGGACGAGGACUCGCGUUCGUCAGACGUGGCUGGCGACAUGGCUUCGUCAGCCCUAAACCUGUCCUCCAUCAUUAAAAUGAACGCCAAAAGGAAACCUGACAAAUCGAAAAUAUGCAGGAUUCGUGCCGGCGAGAUGGAGUAUAACGACGCAUCAGCAUCCCCUGAAACUGAGCCUGGGGGUUUAAACGAAGCGGUUUUACCAUCCCGUGAACCUUCCCCUGACGACUCCCCGUCCACACGACUGUCUCCUGAACAUUAUUCCACGACCCAGCCCAGGCGAACCUCAAAGGUAUGCGAUCAAAUUCUCGAUUAUUCGGCAACUUCACCAAAGCAUCGCUCUUCACCGAACUCUCCACGACGACAACGUGUUUCUCUAAACUCACAUCAAAGACUAGAAUCUGCUAAUAAUUCACCUGACGAUGACAACAAUAACAUGAAACCUUUUAAUUUUACGCAAGAACGUAAUACGGAAAGAGACUCGCCUGAAAACCACCGAAUCCAGGGAAGCGAUAUUGUUCAUGAGCGAUUAACCGCAAACUCUAACGUAGACUUAGUCAAUCAAUUCAUUAUGAACGCUUCAAGACAAUUUGAAAGAAACUCGACUCAAAAUGUUCCUCUAGAGAACAUGAACGGGACUUUGAUGGCUCUUUCGAGGCUGGCUGCUGCCAGCGCUGUGCCAAACGAACUUGGGAAUUCAGCUGAGAAUUCCGGUCUUAUACAUGCUUUACUUGCAAUGCAGAAUCAACAGCUCAUGCAAUUUCAAUUGAUACAAAAAAUUCAAGCCCAAGUUGCACUAGAUAAAGCAAAGAGUGCGAAAUUGCAAAGGAAAAAAGAAGGUCGUAAAUCUCCAGAGACACAUAAUUAUCCUGGUGCUCACCCAAUGAUAACAAUGGCCCCUCAGACGAGCAAAGUUUCCGACGAUCCCAGUUCAGCUGGAACUGGACUCAGUGAUCUCAUGAAGCGUUUUCAAGCUCCCAAGGAACCAGAAAGGAACGAGCGUCGCAGCAAAAGUCCAGUCGACGUAAAGAUACGCCCGUUCUCUCCACCUCUGACAGCCUCAAGCAUUGCAUCAUCCGUUAUUCAACCAGAUGAGCCGCCGGCAUCAAAUGCACCGAACACCCUUGAAAUGUUGCAAAGAACAACUAACGAAGUUCUAAACAACGCAUCGCAGGGGAUUUUAACGAAUAGAUUAAUAGACGAUUACAGCAAUAACGAAGGUAAAGAUCCUUAUUGCAAGCAUCGUUGUCGAUAUUGUGGUAAAGUUUUUGGCAGCGAUUCAGCCCUGCAGAUUCAUGUUAGAUCUCACACCGGUGAGCGCCCUUUCAAAUGCAAUAUAUGCGGGAACCGCUUUACUACAAAAGGUAACCUCAAAGUUCAUUUCCAGCGACAUGCACAACGUUUCCCAAAUGUAAAAAUGAAUCCAAAUCCUGUUCCAGAACACCAAGAUAAACUAUUUCCUCCACUUCUAGCUCAAUUGGGUGAGCUCGAUAGUGAAAAUCCAGCGCCCACUGGUCCUCCGAAUCCGUUUGGUCCGCUGCCUUCCCCGCCUGGAGCUCAUCCUCCACCACCACCACCGCCUCCUCUUCUAUCCCCUUUGCCUUUCAGCCUUCCUCCUCAUUUCCUGCAUAAUAGACCUGCACCAAUAUUCCCCAGUCCGCUUCUCAACUCCCCAUUCGAACGAAAUUUUGAAAAUCGUCCCGAUGUUGAAUCGCUCGGCCAUGAUGAAGAGGAUGAUGAUGACCAGCAAACUAACAGCCACAGCUUUGAGAAACCAGAAUCACCGGAACCCAUGCAAGAGGAUGAACAAGCUGAAUUUAACCCGACUGUGAAAGAAGAGCAAGAAAAUAUGGACACAUCUAACGACCGGGACCUAAAUGAUUUUGGCGACGCCAACGAGAGUAAAGGUGAAGCUUCAUCGUCAUCACAAAACGAAAUGAAUGAUAGUUCUGCAGAGUCAGAGUUUCUUCGGCCCAUGUCAGGAGACAUACGAAUUCGAGGAGAUCAGGAAUUAAAAAGUGAUCAGGACACGGUAAUUCCAAAAGAAGAAAAGCGAGAUGACAUGGAGAGAAAUGAUGUACAACCAUUUCUGUCAGACAAUAUUUUCGAUUCGAACGCACCAAGACAUGCAAUGCCUCAAAUGCCCUAUCAUCCAUUUCUCUUCCCUGGAUUAUCUUUUCCUAUUCAUCGCCCAUUACUCCAUGGGAUGCCUCCUUCCUUUGGACCUGCAAACCCAACUCAACCUCCUACCAGCUUCCCUAUACCACCAGGUGUUGAUCCCGCUAAGGAUCCAAACAUAUACAACAACCUUUUACCAAGACCGGGAAGUACAGACAACUCUUGGGAAGCCCUUAUUGAGGUGGAGAAGAGUGAUAAGGCAGCGAGACUUGAAGAAUUACAAAAACUCGAAGGGAAGAAAGUGGAUCCAAAUCAAUGCAUCAUUUGUCAACGUGUGUUGUCGUGCAAGUCUGCUUUAGUGAUGCAUUAUCGUACCCACACAGGCGAGCGUCCAUACAAAUGUAAAAUCUGUCAGCGAACUUUCACAACCAAAGGGAAUCUCAAAACUCACAUGGGUGUACACCGGGCAAAGCCUACAAUGAGAAUGUCUCAUCAGUGUCCCGUUUGUCACAAGAAAUAUACAAAUUCACUGGUGCUCCAACAACACAUUAGAACGCACACUGGAGAAGCAACAGAUCUGAGCUUAGAACAGAUUGCAGCGUCAGAAAUUAGAGAUGAAUAUCCACCGUUGCCAACCGCAGGACCAUCUCCGUUCCUACCUUCAGGUUUGCCAUUAGCUCAUCCAUUCCUACAUGGCUUGAUCCCUCCGUUUCCCAUGCGGCCUAAGCCCCCGAUGAGUAGUAAUGGACCAAGACAUCUUAUGUUUAAGCCAGAGGAAGAAGAGGAGAAAUUUUUACGCAUGAUGGGAUCAUCCCGAUCAUCGUCAGCGGGUAGCUGUGAGCAGCGUUCGAAUGAUGAAGCCUGCCAACCACCACGAGAAGACUCUAGGGUUAACGGAACAUCUCCGCGUCCAUCCAUCUCCCCGUCUCCUUCGGAUUAUUCAGAAAUAAGCUCGAGUGCGUUCAACAGCCAGUCGUCACCGCCGUCUGAUCGCACUACUAACAACGUCAACGGUGGAGAUAGUCCAACAAACCUGGUGCUAAAUCCGGAAACAUCUUUAGAGGAUAAGAGUGAGGGCCAGAAUGACGUACCAACUUCUGCUUCGUCGUCGAAUAACGUUCCUCUGGACCUGGCCACCUCCUCCUCGGCACUUCCCAACCCAGCUUCGCUUCUUGGCGGGUUCUUCCCUGGUGCGAUGCCGGCUCUACGCAACUCUGCCGCUUUUGCCGGCCCCAACAUUCCUACUUCGCCAUUCUUCCUGCACAACUUCCAUGUUGGUUCGUCUAAUGGAGCGGGGGGUGGGGGGCCGCCGUUCCCCUUGUCGUCCCUGCAAGUUGGGGGAGGGGGGGUGUCCCGUCCGUCCCCUCUCGCAGCCACCCAGCAUGUGGGAUCUGCUUGA